GCAGCAGCCCGCCACGUCCACCUGAGGGGAGAACCGCCGCUGCGCCCUGGCGCGCCUUCCUGCCGCCGCCUCCCUCCUCUUCUUCCUCGCUCCCUGCACCAUGAGGGAAGAAGAGGCACCGCCGUCGCCGCCGUGAGCUGCGGCCGCGCUUCCUCACCGUCCAGACGAGGCGUCCCCCUUGCCGCCGCCGCCCGUCCUACCCUGCGGGAAGCUAUGAGCCAUGAAGCCGCCUGGCAGAACUUCCCUCCGGCGGCAGAAGCAGCAGCAGCAGCAGCCCUUCUCCGGCCUCCUCCUCCACCUUCAUCACCGCGGCAGCAGCAGAAGCCGCCGCCUCUCGAGCUCCGCCGCCGCCGCCGCCUUGCUUUGCCCGGCUCGGCUGCCCAGCUCCAUCCCCCUCCUCUUUCUGGCGCUCCUGCUUUUCUGCUCAGGGUCCCCGAGGAUCUGCGGGGUCGCUGCGGACGCCGCUCUGCAUUGGAAUGAAACUGCAGAAGAAAUAGAAAAAAGCCAGGCAGACGAAGACACUGCAUUUCAACAGACUAACAGCAGUAGCUACAAAAAUAACAGUCGAAGCAGUGCAUACCAGAAAGAAAUCACAUUGCCUUCAAGACUUGUAUAUUAUCUCAAUAGAGACUCUGAAAGUCCUUAUCAUGUCUUGGAUACAAGGACAAGGCACCAGCAAAAACACAAUAAGGCUGUGCAUCUGGCUCAGGCAAGUUUCCAGAUUGAAGCCUUUGGAUCUGAAUUUAUUCUUGACCUCUCCCUGAAUAAUGAUUUAUUAUCCUCUGAUUAUGUGGAGAUUCAUUAUGAAGAAGGAAAACCACAAUAUUCAAAGGGAGGAGAACACUGUUACUAUCAUGGGAACAUCAGAGGUGUCGAGAACUCCAAAGCUGCGCUUUCAACAUGCAAUGGACUCCAUGGUAUGUUUGAAGAUAGUUAUUACCUAUAUUUGAUAGAGCCUUUGGAAUUGACUCACAGUACGAGAAGUACAGGUAGACCACAUGUCAUCCAGAGGACAUUGGGAACAAAUACUUCCAAGCAAUUGGAAGACCUUGAUUAUGACUCUACUUCUGAAUGGCCCUUCCUGUCUGAGUUGCAAUGGCUAAGACGGAAAAGAAGAAGGAGAGCUGUUUCCCGUGGCAUAUUUGAAGAAAUGAAAUACUUGGAGCUCAUGAUUGUUAAUGACUAUAAAAUGUUUAAAAAGCACCGAUCAUCCCAUGCUUACACGAACAAUUUCGCGAAAUCUGUGGUAAAUCUUGUGGAUGCUAUUUACAAGGAGCAGCUGAAUACCAGGGUUGUGUUGGUUGCUGUUGAAACCUGGUCAGACAGAGAUCGUAUAAAUGUCCACCCUGACCCAAGACAGAUGCUUCAUGAUUUUUCCAAAUAUCGACAGAAUUUCAUCAAGCAGCGUGCCGAUGCUGUACACCUUCUCUCAAAUGUGACAUUUCAUUACAAAAGAAGCAGCCUGAGCUAUUUUGGAGGAAUUUGUUCUGUGUCUAGAGGUGUUGGAGUAAAUGAGUAUGGCCUACCCUGGGCAAUGGCACAAGAACUAUCCCAAAGUCUGGCUCAGAAUUUAGGAAUACAGUGGGAGCCAGGGGCCAGAAAACCAAGAUGUGAGUGCACAGAAUCCUGGGGUGGAUGCAUCAUGGAGGAAACAGGUGUUUACCACCCCAGAAAAUUCUCAAGGUGCAGCAUUGCAGAAUACAAAGAUUUUUUGCUUCGAGGGGGAGGUUCCUGUCUUUUCAACAAGCCAACAAAGUUGUUUGACACCACUGAAUGUGGAAAUGGGUAUGUGGAGCCAGGAGAAGAUUGUGAUUGUGGUUUCCAAACGGAUUGCAAAGCAGAUCUGUGCUGUAAGAAAUGCUCACUUUCUAAUGGAGCUCAUUGCAGUAAUGGUCCAUGUUGUAAUGAAACCUCCUGUCUUUUCUUUCCCCGAGGCUUCGUAUGUCGUUCUCCAGUGAAUGAGUGUGAUAUUACAGAGAUCUGUCCUGGGGACUCUGGCCAGUGCCCACCAAAUCUUCAUAAGCAAGAUGGAUUUGCUUGUGAUGCAAAUCAGGGUCGUUGCUACAAUGGAGAAUGCAAGACGAGAGAUAAUCAGUGCAAAUACAUCUGGGGAACGAAGGCUUCAGGAUCUCAUAAGCACUGUUACGAGAAGCUAAACACAGAAGGCACGAAAAAGGGAAACUGUGGAAAGGAUGGAGAGAAAUGGAUUCCAUGCAACAAGCAUGAUGUCUUCUGUGGGUUAUUGCUUUGUGCAAAUCUUGAUGGAGUUCCACGAAUUGGUCACCUUCAGGGAGAAAUUAUCCCAACUUCUUUUUUCCACCAAGGUGUAGUAGUGAAUUGCAGUUGUGCCCACGUACUUCUAGAUGAUGAUACAGAUUUAGGAUAUGUUGAAGAUGGAGCUCCAUGUGGUCCUCAGAUGAUGUGUAUGGACAGAAGGUGUCUGUCUAUCCAGUCUCUGAAUAUAAGCAGCUGCCCUAUUGGUGCUAAUGGAAAAGUUUGUUCUGGACAUGGGGUAUGCAGCAAUGAAGCCACAUGCAUUUGUAACUAUACCUGGGCUGGGACAGAUUGUAGCAUGCAUGACCCUAAAAGGAAAGAAGAAGCAGAGAAACCAAAUGGACCAAAGGGUCCUAGCGCCACCAAUCUUAUAAUAGGCUCCAUCGCUGGUGCCAUCCUGGUAGCAGCUAUUGUCCUUGGGGGGACAGGAUGGGGCUUUAAGUAAGCAAUGCCGCAUGUCUUCUCUUCAGUGGCUAUGGCAUAUCUCUCUUCUGCUUACAUCACUAAAUUUUGAGUUCCUGCUACAAGAUCUCUGGUAAUGUUUUACUUUAAUAAAUCUGUGUUUAGUGAAAGGGCAAAAACAUGCGUUUAAAAAAUCUCAGAGUUGGCACCAGGAUGCAAAGUUGUCAAAAUAGCAAAACCAGUAGAUUAAGAUUAAUAGUCUCAAUGAAUGUGAGCCAGAAUGCUUAUUUAAAAUGGGGAGAGUACAGUGGUUACCUUGGUUUACGAACUUAAUCUGUUCCUGAAGUCCGUUCUUAAACCAAAGCGUUCUUAAACCAAGGCGUGCUUUCCCACACCAGCGGGGGACUGAAUUUACAAAUGGAACACACUCAACAGGAAUCGGAACAUGUUCUGCUUCCAAGGCAAAGUUCACAAACCAAAACACCUACUUCCGGGUUUGCAGCGUUCUUAAUCCAAGUUGUUCAUAAACUAAGCUGUUCUUAAAAUAAGGUACCACUGUACUGUUUAUCUGCUUGUGCUGUUAUAAACACCUCAUAGGAAGUUUCCCAUUAUGGUAGGAAUUCUAGAGUCUAAAUGUACCUGCGCCUGAACAUGCUCAGAUACCCAGGAACUAGAAUAUAAAAAUAUACACCAGAGAGACAAAUUGUAUGAAUUUGCCCCUUCUCGGGGGAUCUCUUCCAGUGGUAAAGCACUUUUCAGUCAUCUGCUUUAAUCAUGCAAAGUACAGCCCUGAAGGUGUACUCGCUACAAGUCUGCUGGCCGCCUGCCCUCUGUGUUCACAGCAGAUCAACCUAGCUGUCUGAACUGCUUUUUAGAGCAGAAAUAGAAAAUACGGAAAAUGCAUGGCUGUUGUAUCAAUGCUGUAUCAAUUUUGUAUCAAUGCAGCACCUUGACAUGACUUUGUCUUUUGAAAGUUUCUUUGUCCUCAGUGCUUUUGCUUAGCUGCUGCUUGCUGCUAGCACAAGGGAAUUUUCAGCACAGUGAAGCCAUGUCGUACAUGUUAUGUUGCAAGAAGUAACACAAAGCAAUUGAGGGGAGGGAGGGAAGGAGAUGGUGCUGAUGGGUUCUCAAUAGGCAUGCAUUCUCCAUCAUGCUAGUUCUGCUGUUGAAGACUGUUGUUAUGUACAAAUGCAUUUAAAAGAUGAAAAACUGCUUCGGGUAAGGGAAAGGUUGAGACCUAACUCCUUCCCUGCCAGUCUCUGCUCAAACUAUAUAUUCCCUUCUCCCCCUCUCCCCCAACACAUACCUCCCCCCCCCCCCACAACUUCCCCCACUGUAAGGUUUUGGGAAAGUGGCAUUGAGAUGACAAAAAUUUAAGACAUACUACCGUAGUCAGUGCCUGGUGAGUAAGUUCGUUUAUGGAAAUUGGUUUGCAAUCUCUGUUUCUCUUUUGAGGAAUCCUUUUUCUCAGAGAGUUUACUUGGGAACCAUCCCUUUUAUUUAUAAGAUAACAGCUAACAUUAAGGUGCUGUGAGAUGUGAACCGCCCUGAGAUCUAUGGAUGGAGGGCAGUAUAAUAAGUAAGUAAAUAAAUAUGCUUCACCAGUUGUAAUUAGAAGUGAAGAUAGUGUGACGCAACAGUCCAACAGCAUCUUGAGGACACCAAGGUGACUUCCUCUGCCGUAGUACUAGAAGCAUCUUCUCUAUCUCUUUGCACACUUUCCCUACCAGAUGGCUCUUGCUGUCGGUAUCUGACACCACAGAUCAUCUGGGGAGAAAAGGAAACACUUGGAUUUGUUUAAGUGCUCCCUUCCUGCAUUGCAGGGGGUUGGACUGGUUGUCCCUCGGGGCCCCUUCCAACUCUUCAGUUCUAUGAUUCCACCUUCUCCUUCCCUUCCCAUUCGGUAGGUGAUCUGCACUCUCUUUCACUAUACAGUAUACUGUAUAGCAUUGUAGUUUGGGGAAGUUGGCCCAACCUUCUGGGGGGCUCGUGCCAGAUUCCACACAUACUCUUGCCUACACACACACAUACAUGCAGACAGACACACACAUUCCCCCCCCCCAAUUGCUGAUCUGCACAAAGCAGGUGUUAUCACUCUCUCUGCUCAUCAAAUGAUCAAUCUGAUAUUUGUGGAGUGGAUGAGUUGCAUGUCUUUCAAGGUGCUGGGCUCUGCCCACCCUAGUGCAGUGUCUACAUAAGAAUAAUUAUUUUGCCGCUGCCCCCAAAAUUGUGGAGUCUUGGUGGCAGAGCAGAAAUGAAUUGUUCAGAGGUUGGAUUAGGCCCCCUCGAAGGUGUUAGUUUUAUUGAGAUGAACCCCAUUAAAUUAAUAAGCCACCCAUUAUCCAUUCGGAACCACCUGUGAUUUAUUAUUGUUCACAAAUGCUCUCAAUCUUUCAGUGUAAAUAGUAAUAAAUAGUUACGCUGAAAUGGUAUUGCUUGAGCAUUUAUUUAUCACUUUUUUACAUACAGAAUUAUGACAUAAAUUCAGAUCUGAUCAAUACUGCAGUUUACAUAUGAUCAGGGAAUAUAAUGCUUACCUAAAACCAACAUUCGUUUUGUGUAACUGAACAGUUAUUGGAGCUCAGAUCCGUGAGGCAAAUUCUUCGCCUCUUAAUGGAGCUCUAAGCUUUCCAUGGAAGUUUGUGCAUUUUGAGACUCCAUAUCAUGGGAUCACAAUAGUACAAUCAUAAACUAAGCCUUUGUUGUAUGUGUUGAAAAUAGAAAAUUGACACAAACCCCUAUCAGUGAAAUACAUAUAAAAUAUUCAGAUUUUUUGACUUCUGGCACAUAUAUUUCUAUUUUAAUAAAGUGUGUGUGUGUAAGUGUAAGUGUGUGUGUGUGUGUAUAAAAUGUACUUACUGGUUAUUAAACUUCAUGACCUUUAAUUUUACCACUGAUAUUCUAAAAGUGAAUGAAGCACACAGUAUAUACACCACCCCACACACAAUUUCCUUAUAAAUUACACAAUACUAUAUUGAUGUUUUUGACUUUUGUCCAUGCACAUGUUAGUCAUUCAUCUGUAGCAUAUAUUUCCCACUUAGAUAAUACUUUGCAUCCUGCGUGUCAUUCUAGUGUACGUUAUAUAUACAACGAAAUAAUUUGGUUCCCCGGUAUGGACAACGGUUCGCUCAAAGUAUCACAAUAGUUCUCCUAUUAAUUUUAAAUGAAAGUAUUUUAUUCUGUAGCAGAACCUCAAAUAUGAUGGCCUCGCCUAGCUCACAGCUUGAAGUGCAUGUUUCUUUGGGGUAAAACUGAAAGAAGUAUUCACUGUGUGGAAGAGGCCUAGUCCAGGUAGGCCGCCUUAUAUUUUGCUGCUUCAUUGAAUAUGUAUGAGGGUUACUGUAGAGCCUAGAAUGUUUAUGGCAAUUUGGUAGGAAUGAAAGAAAGAAAAUUCACAGCAAAGCAGCGGGACAAGGCGCUGGUUUCAAAGGUUUUGAUGGUGUAGUGCACUGUGUUUCGGAGCUGUGUCCAACACAGCAGGCACUGAACCAUGCAUUUAGUUUAUGAAUACUCAUAUUUCUGAACUUUAUUUGGGUUUGGUACCGAUUUGUGCAAGCAGAAGGCCACUCACUCCAGCAGAGCUUUCCUUGCCCCCUUGUCUACACUGCUGCCCAGCAUCUUCCAAAAAGCCACUUCUGAUUAUCUGAACAGGAUGGGAGAGGGGGCAUGGGGGCCUGCAGAGGGAGGAGGCUGGUGAAAUUCAAGAGGAGGCAAGGAGUGGCUUUUCAGAUGGCACAGAGGACCCCAUUGAGGGCAGAAAGGGUAGGAAAUGCCUGUUUAAGCUGCCUUCUGCUCAUGCGGGUCCAGAUACAAACCAUUUUGUAUCCAGUACUGUAUUCAGAUUUUAAAAUAAUACGGUUCGGUUGAAAUUUUCUUUAGUACAAAUUUAGGUGUUCACGUGAGAACUUUUCAAUCUGUUUUCUCAACUGUGAAAGCUUUCAUUUAAAUGACCUUUCUGUGUAACUUCUAGACACAAUCGAUUUUUCUGAUAAUUUCAUUCAUGAUUUCCCCAAGUGUUUUGCCAUAAGCGGUCCUAUAAUAGAGAACAACAUAAUGUUGUAUGGGUCCCCUGAGGGGCCAGCCCCCAAUUUCUGUGUGUGCACCCACAAACAACUGAAAUACGUGUGCGUGGUUUUUACAAUCCUUUUAAUUAAAACAAACAAACAAACUUGAAUUCUAUGUAGCAGAGGUAGUUGGAGAGAAUUGUACUGAUGCUGUGCAUGAUGGAAUAUGUACAUUAUUCCUUUUUUAGCAAUAUAUUCUCUCUCGGAGUGUGAUGUGGCAGGUACAUGUCAAAGUAUUUUUAGUGUCUGUGUUAAGGCAGGAAAGGAAUCAAUCUUGACCUCAUGCAGGGUGAAAAAGCAGCACUGUAUUUAUGUAAGACUGGCAGUGUUGCUCAAUUUCUAUCUCUGUAAUACAUUGUGCAGAAGCUUGCCCUCUCCUCUCCUUGUACCAGAGAUGGUACAACUUAGUUGUUUGUGGGAACUAUAUUCUGUUUUCCUGACUGUUGCCCAGGGACUGGAAGCAUUGACCUCAGUAGUGAGGCUAACUCAAUCAGUGAGGCUAACUCAAUCAGUAAGAAUACAGUGGUACCUCACUAGACGGAUGCCCUGCUAGACGAAUUUUUCGCUAGACGAAUGGGUUUUGCGAUCAGAGGUUGCCUCGCAAGACGAAUUCAUUUUGCGAAAAAUUCGUCUAGCAAAUCGUGGUUUCCCAUAGGGAUGCAUUGAAAUUCAAUUAAUGUGUUCCUAUGGGCAAAAAAAAAUUCAAUGCAUUCCUAUGGGAUUUGCAAGACACAUUUUUCGCAAAACGAAUUGACUCACAGAACGAAUUAAAUUCGUCUUGCGAGGCACCACUGUAUAAGUGUGCAGGGCAUGUAGGCAAGCACAGUUGUGGCAACACAUUAAAAAUCUAAAUAAGAGGUGUAUCAUUGAAGUGUGUCCCUCAGGAGCCAAAUGAAUUUGCUUGAGUAGCAAGAUCUGCCCUGUGGACUGUUGGCAACCAGCUCUGUAUCAUCUCUUUAAAUCAUGAAUGAGCAACCUCUGGCCCAUAGGUAUAGUUAGGCCCAUCCCAGGUCCCAGUUUGGCCUGUGAGGCUGUUUCCCCAAAGCCACGCCCAUCCACUCUGCACCUGGCGUCAUACGGGCAGCUACCAUUGAACAGUUGUGAGCCUCAACGUCUUACCAGCUGAUGGAUCAUGGCACCAAGCUGCUGGGGUCAACUGCAUUAUGGAGUUCCUGUAGUGCAGCCGAUGGAAAGUAUAAUAAACAUUUGAGGGCUGAUUGUAUACCAGUAGAAUAAUCCUAGGUGGUUUUAAAAGCUGCUGAAUGUGUGAAACUCAGGUCACUCUAGUUUGCUUGCCAUGAUCUCACAUCAUGCGAUUAAGCCAUAUAUUUUGCAAAUAAGGGAAGACCAGAAGAAGCCUUGUUUCAUUGUUGGGCUGAUGUGCUACAGAUAAGCUACAUCUCUCUUCUUCCAACAGACACAGCAAGUACUGUUUUCUAAUGUUACCCUUGUCAAUAUAUAAUAAUUAAAGGAUCCAGUAUGAGGGAGGGCAGAGGAGAUACAUUCUUUAUAUUCAUUUUGUAUGAGAUCUGCAGAAUUUUUUUUUAUAAUGGAGGGUGAAAUGCUUAGUAUUGCCAAUGUACUAUUUUACAAACAAAGAUAAAGUGAUGGUGUGCAUCCUAGGUUUUUUUUAU